AUGUUUGUGUUCGAUUAUCAGGAGCUGCUCCAUAACUCCACUUUCUGUCUGGUUCCUCGAGGUCGACGUCUGGGCUCCUUCCGCUUCUUGGAGUCUCUGCAGGCCGCGUGUGUACCUGUCCUUCUCAGUAACGGAUGGGAGCUGCCCUUCUCUGAUGUGAUCCAGUGGAACCAGGCGGUGCUGGAGGGCGACGAGAGGCUCCUGCUGCAGGUGCCGUCCAUGGUGCGCGCCGUGGGCAACGAGAGGAUCCUGGCCCUGAGGCAGAGGACGCAGAUGCUGUGGGAGGCAUAUUUCUCGUCUGUGGAUAAAAUCGUCCUCACGACACUGGAGAUCAUCAAAGACCGAGUUUUCUCUCACGUCUCGAGGAACAAAUACAUGUGGAACUCUUUACCUGGAGGUUUGUUUGUGCUGCCGGAAUACUCCACGCACCUGGCCCACUUCCCCUUCUACUACCUGGGCCUGGGCGUGAGUCCGGGGCAGGAGUUCACCGCAGUGAUCCACGCCGUCUCGCCGCUGGUGUCUCAGUCUCAGCCAAUCAUGAAGCUCCUCCAGGUCGUCUCCAAGUCCAAGUACUGCUCCCAGAUCAUCAUUUUGUGGAACAGUGAGAAGCCUCCUCCCAGUCGCAGUAAAUGGCCCCCGAUGCCAGUUCCGCUCACAGUGACGGACGGACGCAGAAAGACCUCCAGCCGAUUCCUUCCUCACGUUUCCCUAGAGACGGAGGCGGUGCUUAGCCUGGACGAGGACACGGUGCUGCUGACCAAUGAGGUGAACUUUGCCUUCCUGGUUUGGAGGAGUUUCCCAGAGAGGAUUGUGGGAUACCCCCCUCGGAGUCACUUCUGGGACCCAGUGAAGCGGGUCUGGGGCUACACCUCCAAAUGGACCAACGACUACUCCAUCGUGCUGACGGGGGCCGCCUUCUACCACCGGUACUACCACUUCCUGUUCUCUCACUAUCUGCCCCAGUCUCUGCGCACCCUGGUGGACAGAAGUGCGAACUGCGAGGACAUCCUGAUGAACUUCCUAGUGUCCGCGGUCACUCACCUGCCUCCCAUCAAAGUGGCUCAGAGGAAACAGUACAAGGAGCUGCCCAUCCCACAGGGCACCAGGAGCGUGGCGUGGGCCAACCCCGAGCACUUCAACCAGCGUCAGGAGUGCGUGAACGCGUUUGCCAGCUGGUUUGGCUUCAUGCCGCUCGUCCACUCGCAGCUUCGCUUGGACCCGGUGCUUUUCAAAGACCAAGUGUCCGUCCUCCGAAAGAAAUACAAAGACCUGGAGAAGGCCUGA